AUGCCCUUUCCGUUUGAGCUGUGUGCGACCAGCCGGGCUCGGAGCGAGGAUGGCAAGUGCAUCAAGUGCGGCCCUAGGUUGUGCUGUGAAGUCAGGCCUGAACAAACAGAGCUGGUGGUGCACCGCACUAUGCCUGGGGUCUCUGUUUUUGCCGAAGCUGCAACCCUUGGCUCUGACGUGGACGAAGUGUUGUCGCACCAUGUCCUGGACUGUUUGCAGGGCAGCUGGUACAGGAAAGCGGAUGGAAUGCACGUAGGCGCAGUAUCUGGCUCGUUUCUUGAGGUCAGCGCCAGCUGGCUGCCCCAUGUGACGACCUGCCGAUUACCUCAAAACAUCACUGACACCUUGAAGCUCUCCGUCGACGGAGAAAGUAUUUAUGGCUGCAUCCGCCUAGAGGCGCAGUACUCUAUUACCUGGAGCAACGGUGAUGUGUGGCUUAAGAAGUGA